CAUCACGGCGCAUUCUUCCAAUGAGAAAUCACAAACAACACCAUUCAAGAUUUCGGAAAGCCCCCAAUCCCCCAUCCCAUCCAGAGAUUAAGCACCUUUGUAAUAGAUAACAAACCGCGUGUGGGGAUGGUACAGAUCAAGCGAGAAGCGGGGGCCACGGCUUGCACGGGUACCUACUUUACUAGUCUAGUCCAGCUUGACAGCUAACUCGCUUGCUUGCGUACAGAUAACUGGAACUCCUGGACACAAAAGAAAAAAAAAGCAGGGUCGCAUCGGGCGCACAAAGAAAAAAGGAAGUGUCCAACGGUCGGCAGGGCUUUCAAGGAUAACAACGAAGAAAGUCCAGGGGGGGUUUUUUUUUCUGGUCGAUCGAUGGUUCAUGGACAUGGGGGCCGGCAAGCUUAACAAGUGAAUUGCGGAGUCGAUAUCACAGCGCUCCGCUGGGAAGUCAAACCGGUCAGUCUCGGAGAUCUCGAGCUCGAUAUUGUGAUUCGAUUCCAGUAUACUAUACCAUCGUCAGGUACAUGCCUACGUAGACAGACGGUACCCCGAGCAACAUGUAUAACACAUUGCAACUUUUGGCGCAAGAGGUGCAGCCAACCAACCAUUCGAUAAAGAUGCUCCCGCCGUUGAUUGAUUCGCAUGCCCCCAUUCGUCAAGCUGCUUGACAAGAGAAAGCAUAAACCCCUGCCUGUCAUCACUACACCCCUGUAUUUUCAAAUGUGACCUGCAGCAGCGGGGAACGGCCACUAACCCGACCAGCCAAUAUUAAAGUGCGGUCAACCGCUGGGCCUCUGGGCCUGCACUUGAGCACACAUCCCUGAGCUCACACGGGUGUUUUGUUUGUACUUUGUACAUACACAUCUACAGAAGAGUAUCUCUCGUUCAACUGCCAAGCUUGCAGCUUCCCCAAGCUUUGUUUAGUUCAAGGCAGAGACCACCCAAUAUCAUAUUAUAUCCAUCUUGCCAUCCCAUCCCAGUUGCACCAGACCCCGGGAACCGUGGCGGCUAGUCCCUGGCCCCCCCUUUUUGUUUUCUUGUAUGCGGCGUGACGGUGCAACGGUAUCCCCAAAAGGGUUGCAGCGCGGUCCUUUCUUGUUCUGGAUGUCUAGAGGUACUUAACUUUCCGGUAUGUACGGAUCGGCACACACGAACACACACAUACAUACACACACACACACACACGCACACGCACACACCCCAGCCAAUAUAUCCGGACAGCUCUCCCGGAUUUCGCCCCCUACAGGUCUUGACUUCUGGCCUGCUUGCUCCAUCCUCCGCUUCCCGACAGACCCUCGGCCGGUAAUUGCAGCAGUUUGACGACGACGGCAUCGACAUGCAUAUUGCUGUGAAGUUUACACAUUUCUGAGGUAUUGGGAGCCUCCCAUGUUCAGGUUCUGAAUUUGCGCCUAUACCGGUACUGGUAGCUUUGGUCAGCAAAGCUGUCUGUCCAGAGCCGAAGCGAACACAACGACCAUUUUCGGCUGUAGCAACAACUUGAGACAUCAUCAGUGGUCGACCAUGGCUUCACAACCGGAAUCAGGAUCAGUCCUUCAGGGAUUGGUCAGUGGCGCAACCAAAACGUUUUCUGAGCUUGCAAAGCGUAUAUACAUACCACUGACGCCGACAAGCCCACCGGGUCUGAUCGAGGCCAACACGGUUGACCCCUGGAUCGAGUCGGGCAAAUACGCCCUUGGAUGGACAUUUUUUGCCGUCGCACUGGUAGCAUGCGUUCUCUUCACAAGGGUGUGGCACUUUUGGCAAGACAAGAUCCGCCAGGCCAUCUACAAACAGGAGAUUGAAAACCACAAUCGACAAACAUAUGAUCCAAAUCUGCUCUUCUCGAACCCGGCCGAAAACCCACAGACAGGACGAAGCAUGGGCCAGCACUUCUUCCCCGAGGACAGCGCUGGCAAGGAGGAGAUGGCGUUCCGACCCAAGGCACACAUGUCUUCGGUCGGCUUUGUCAACGACACCUUGGCAUUGUUCAGAUGGAUCUUUUACCGGCCGAUACCCGACAUAACGUGGCGCAAGCACCGAAUCACCUUUUCGUCCUUGGCGGUUCUGGCCGUCGUCUUUGUGGCUCUCGUCUUUGUCACGCUCUACUGCUUUUUGCUGCAGCCGCUGUACUGGCAGAGCAUCAAGUUUGGGUCGCCACCGGUGGCUGUCAGGGCAGGCAUGAUCGCCGUGGCCCUCACCCCCUGGAUCAUAGCCACCAGCAUGAAGGCGAACCUGGUCACUUUUGUCACCGGCAUCGGACCCGAGCGCCUCAAUGUUUUCCACCGCUGGGCUGGAUACCUGACGCUGUUCCUGUCUCUGGUGCACUGCAUACCCUUUUACGUUCAGCCCGUGUGGGACGACGGUGGUUUGGAGGUCUUUUCGAGGCUCUUCCCCGAAGGAAGCGGUGCCAUCUACGGAACGGGCAUCGCGUGCCUGGUGCCCCUCGCAUGGCUAUGCAUCGCCUCGCUCCCUUUUAUACGCCGCAUCGCCUACGAGAUCUUUGUCAUGCUCCACGUUCCCGUUGGCUUGAUAUACGUUGCCGUGCUGUUCUGGCACACCAAGAACUUUCUUUCCUCUUGGCACUACCUCAUCGCCACCUUGGCCAUAUUCUUCAUCUGCUCAAUAAUGCGCCUGUUCAACCUGAACUGGGCAAAGCCGUGGCGCAUGGCCUUCAUGGUCGGCGACGAAGCCGCCAUCACUCUGAUGGCCGAGAACGCCGUCAAGAUCACCAUACCGACGCAGAUGCGCUGGAAGCCCGGGCAAUUCGUGUACCUGCGCAUGCCGGGAAUCUCACUCCUGGACAACCACCCAUUCACCAUAUCCUCGCUGUGCAGCCAAGACUUCCCGUCCGAGUACGGCGAACAGUACCGUGACUGCGUGCUCGUUUUCCGCCCCUACGGUGGCUUUACCAGGCGGGUGCUCGAGACGGCCAUCGAGAAGGGACCUUUCCACACGUACCGCGCCUUUCUCGAUGGGCCUUAUGGCGGUAUGCGCAGGGACCUGGCCGCCUUCGACACGGUCAUUCUGAUUGCAGGUGGCAGUGGCAUCACCGCGCUCAUGUCUCAGCUCUUGAACCUGAUCAAGCGCAUGCGUGACGGAAAGGCCAUCACCAAGAAGAUCGUGGUGGUGUGGGCGCUGAAGAGGCUCGAGGCCAUGGACUGGUUCCGCGAAGAGCUGAGGAUCUGCCGGGAGGCUGCGCCGCCCGAGAGUGUUACUUGCAAGUUCUUCGUCACCAAGGCGGUGCGGCAGCAGCCGGGCAUCAUGGCGGGCCCCGGGGGCGAGGGGUAUCUCGGUGCCGCUGGACAACAAAACCAUCGGGCACCUCGACCCCUGAGCAACAUGUUCCACGACAAGCUGGACGGCUUCGUCGCGGGCAUUGCGUCCAAGAGAAACUCGGCGUUUAUCCACGCAGAGGCGAGGGGUGAUGCAGAAAGGGAGAGGGAGCUGAGGGCCGAGGAUGAGGACCGCAUCACAGCCCUCCCUCAGCAAAAGUACCUCCAGCCCCACAGCAUCCCUCCACCGCCACCAAACCCCCCAGCCUCCUUCAAGGACAGGUCGUCAGCCAUGAACGACGCCCUUCGGAGGCUCGAAGGCCGCGAUCCCAGCAUCGACCAGAACCGCGACGAGGACAAGAAGGAGCCCCUCCCCGUAGACGAAACCAAGAGGGAGUCGCAUCCAGUAGACAAGAAGUCUGCAGAUGGCGAGUUCCACUUCACCCCGCCGCAGCGGCUGGACGUGCCCAAGUUCCAACACGCGCCCCCGGGCUCCGUGGCACACGCGAGGUACUCGCAGCUCUUCCUCACGCCCCCGGGAACCGACGGAAACCCGACCCCUGAGCCGGGCGGCAGCCCACAGCCAGGCAGCAAAGCCGCGUCGUCAGACGCUCCUCGCCCACCAGACCUGGCGCACCUCCGCCCGGGCCUCACGCACCUGACCAUCCCAGAGCAGCCGCAGACGCGUCCCGUGCGCCCGACCUCAACGUUUGGCCCGCCCUCGGGCUUCGAGUUUGGCUUCCCCGAGACGCCCACCGAGUUCCAAAAGUCGCUGAUGCGCUUCGCGUUCCCCGUGCCUCACCAGAUCGACGGCGGCUGGUCUGUCGAGUACGGCCGGCCGGACCUGGGCUACAUGCUCAAGGAGUGGGCCACUGGAGGCUCGGACGGACGAGGCAUCCUGGGCCGCAGGACCGCCGUGUUCGUGUGCGGUCCCCCGGCCAUGAGGGUCGGGGUCGCCAACACCGUGGCGCGUCUACAGGCCGAGAUUUGGGGAGAUGACAUGCUGGAGGAGAUAUACCUGCAUACGGAGAAUUAUGCUCUGUGAGGAAAUAAGAAUAGAAACUAAUGAUCUUUUUUUUUUGUCGCCGCCCCUUGCAUAGAAACAAGGGCGAGCUUUGAGAUACCCCCCCUACCACAACUAACUACUACCUUGGACAUAUAAACCUUAUAUACCUUAACCUCUACUUUACUAUACCACACACACGUAAAUGGCUUUUCUGGAAGAUAAGCCCGAUUGGGAUGGGAGACACAAGGUUUCGGUGUUGGAGGGUGCUUGUUAACUUGGCUUCCGGAAGAGGUUACGAUUUAAAAUAUGGCUUUGUAACUGGCGUUUCUCUGUUAUUUCUCGAUAUUGACUGUCCCAGGCGAGAACCACCUGGCAAUAUACCUAUAUCUAUCUUGCC